AUGGCUUGUCAAAUGAGCCAACCUCCAAUAAACAUUGAAACUUCAGCUGAAUGUCUCGUUGGUACAUCAACACCGUAUAUAGAGUUGGCAGAAAACAGCAACAGCAACAGAAAUGACAACAAUAAUGCACAGGGUUUUCACUUUAUGAGGAACGCAUUUAGCGAGAAACUGUUUACUGCCGGACUGUUGAAUUGUGUUGACUGUGUGUUCAAUUGUGGAAUUGUUGAAACGUCUUUGAGAUUAGCGGCGAACUUAGCGAGUACAUUUUUUGAUGGAAACAACGCGAAGAGAAAGCAUGAAACAUGGCAUGGUAAGCACCAAGCGGGCAAUAUUGAUGAUGAAGAUGAAGAAAAUGAUGAGGAUGAAGAUGUGGAUGGUGAAGAUGCUAGAGAUAUCGAAAGUGGCAAUCUGGUUAAAGAUGAUGCUGAUUAUAAAAUGAAAGAUAAAGAAAAAGAGAGGAAGAGGAUGAGGGAGAGGAAGAAGAUGAGAAAAAAGUUGAUAAGAAUGAUGAAGAAGAUGACGAAGAAGAGAAAGAAGAAGAGGAAGAAGAAGAUGAUGACCAGACAAUCACAUCAUUCCCAUCUGCCGUCGUGUAAACAAGUUCAUCAGUCGGACAAAUAUGCUUUCCAUAAGAACAACAUCUCAUUGAAAAAUGAUCACAGAGCAUACACUGCAAACCAGCACAUAAACAGAACAUUUUCCAGCUCUAAUCCCAAGCACACUAUGGUAAAAUAA